CGGAUAGGAGAGAGAAAGAGAGAGAGAGAGAGAGAGAGAGCGCGCACGCUUCCCAUGCAGAUCGACAGCGGAAUGUUGCCGCGGCUGAACCCGGACACCAGCCUCGUCUGCCGCGUCUGCCUGGCCGAGGACCACAGCAACCAGUGCAUCUUCCGCGGCAACUGGGAGGCCUCCGGGCUCUCGGGGAAGCUGCGGCUCUGCUGCGGCGUGGAGGUCCUGGAGGACGACGGCCUGCCCACUAGCAUUUGUCUUGAGUGCGUGGUCAAGGUCAACGUCGCCUACGAGCUGAGGAGACAAUGCCAGAAAACGGACGUGGAGCUCAGGAAGCUGUACGGGAAAGCCUCGAGGACGAGCGUCGCCGGCGGCUGCGCUCGCACAAAAGAUCAGUGUUGUCAGACCGAGCAGCCGCUUGUCUUGGACGCGAUCGAUACGGAGGUUGCAGAGUUAAAUGCGGACAGUGAAGUUAAUGUAGAGAAGAAUACCGUGCAAUCGGAUGACACGGGACAAAUGGCAGAUACUUUGGAACAAAUGAAGCAGGAUGUUCUAGUAGACAGUGAGACAGAUUUAGACUGCGGUAGUAGGUAUAAGCAAGUGGAACAUGACAAAGUAGCUAAGAAGGAUCUCUAUAGAACGAGGAGACUAGCUAUGUUCAAGAGGGUCACGUCCAUAGAGAAUUUGAGGAAUCACAAGGAGAGGCAGAGGCGAUACAUCAAAAAGAGCGUGGGGGCGAAGCGCGACAGCAGCGACAGCGAGUAUCAGACGAAGGCGAGAGGCGAUGGGACUAACCGAACGUCCGAGCUGGAGUUACGGUAUAAGUGUCAGAAAUGUGAUAGAUUUUAUUCCAGUAAGAAGUCUUUAGAUAGACACACGUCGACCCAUAACGAUAAAGAGUUCAAAUGCGAUAGCUGUGAUAAGCAAUUCUUCUGUCUGGACAAAUUACAUAAGCACGUUAAUCUGCACAGAGCGAAGGAGAAGCCGAAGCCGGUGUUGUGCAAGAUCUGCAACAAGAGCUUCAGGAAGAUCGAUACAAUGGUCAGGCACCUCAACACCCACAAGAAGGCGUAUCCCAAGGAUGUUUUUUCUAUAUUGAAGGAGAUACGGGACAAGAGGAAAUUGGAGAACAAUCCGGAGUCCUUCGAGACGCCGCUCACGAUGGACGCGGACGAGGAACCGGCGCGCGACCUACAGUCGCGCGGCGAGAACGACGGCGCGACGAGGGAGUUGAGGAGACGCCACAACGCGAAGGCGGAGCAGAAGGACUCGGAUUUGAUGAACAGCGACUCGAACGACGACAAAACCAAGUCGGCAUUCGCCGACACGAACUUCCACUGCAAACACUGCAGCAAGAGUUACCGCAGCGAGAGGUCGCUUCAACGUCACCUGCUGGCGCACGACGAGAGGAGGUACGUCUGCAACGUCUGCAACAUGAAGUUCUUCCGACAGGACAGGUUCAAGAGCCACAUGGACCGGUUCGGUCACGACGAGAGCAAGGUGUGCUCGGAGCCGCAGAAGCCUCCCGACGACAAGUCGGCGAUCAAGUUGAUAAACACCUGGAUAAGAGAGGAGCUAGACUCCGAUAACGAGGGCAAGGGCUUCCCGUGCGGAGUCUGCGGCAAGUCGUACGACACGAACAAGUCCCUGCUGAAGCAUCAGAUGAACACGCACGGCAGGCGGGACGAGUGCUGCGCGAGCUGCGGCGCCGUGUGCACUUGCACGUGCAGGGAUACUCAGGAGAGGAGCGGCGAAAAAUCCAAGCCGUACACCUGCGAGGAGUGCAACAAGUCGUUCGAGAAGGAGAUUAAACUGCACAAGCAUCUGCGAAUUCACGAGCGCGCCAAGGAGCAGCAGGAUGCCAACUUCAAGCGUUUCCUCUGCCACAUAUGCAGCAAAACGUUUCGGCAGAACACCGGCCUCAUGUUCCACAUGAGAACGCACACCGGUUACAAGCCGCACGUGUGCAAGUAUUGCGGCCGCGGCUUCACGUCCAAUUCGAACUGCAUCAAUCACGAGAGGACCCACACGGGCGACCGGCCGUUCGUCUGUCAGUACUGUAGCGCUGCGUUCGCCAAGUCGUGCACUCUCAAGGCCCACAUCACCACGCACACCGGCGAAGCGAAUUAUCACUGCAAAACCUGUGGCAAGUCGUUCCGCCGGUUGAAGUACUUGAAGGAGCACAGAUUUACGCACACGGGCGAGAAACCGUAUGCGUGCAAGAUCUGCGGCACAGCCUACAGCCAUUCCGGCAGUCUGUUCGUUCACGAAAAGAAGUGCAAGGCGCAGUACAAUAAUUAUCAGCCGGGGGUUGGGCAAAACGCACAGCAGCAGCAGCAACAGCAGCAGCAACAGCAGCAGCAGCAGCAGCAGCAGCAGGUUUCCUACAAUCAGUCUCCUCAGACCACCGGCGGCAUUUCCGUGGCGUCCACUUCCUCGGUUGUCUCUCCCAUCGUCACUACGCUGCCUCAGGCUCACCUAAAUGUCAUCAACAGCACGUUGAAUGUGCAAGCGAACAAGGGCUACAUGGAUAAUGUUCAGCGAAUGAACGUGCAUACGGCGGCCAACGCGACGACCACGGUCGUCUCGCCGGGUCUGCAUCCAAAUGUCGACAUCUCCGAGAUGAGCUCCGCCGUCAGGAGCGGAUUCUCCCUCAUCGGGCAGAUGUUCAACACUUAGGAGAGCGCGCGUGCGAGACGCGAAUCAAGACUACUGUGAUAAAUAUACCCCUUUUAUAACGAUACUUGUCAGGAUAUAUUUUACACCUCGAGUAUAUAUGCUUUCUCUUUCAAUAAUCAUUAAAAUACGUAUAUGUUUUGUAUCGAGCAUCACAAUAUGUGGGGAAGAUGGGUAUAGAAUGUAUAUUUGUAUCGUGCGAUUAUUACAAGUUUUUAUUAUACAGAAUUUUUAUACGGUAGACUUCUUAUUGACUUGUAGAGCUGUUAUAUGAAGGGAUUUUAUAACAGGCAAUGUUACAUUCUAAUUAUCAGAUUGUUAUAUCUGUAUAUAUGAUUAUGUAAUCGUUAAGGCGGGUCCAGGAGCUCGAUUCCUGAAUUCAUUUGAAAGAGAAACGUACGUGAAAAUUCUGCUCUUACAGAAAAGUUGCAAGUUGAUUGGCCAUACGCAUAGUGUUCAGCCAAUUGACUUGCAACUUUUCUGUAAGGGCAGAAUUUUUUACAUACGUUUCUCUUUCGAAUGAAUUCGAGAAUCGAACCCCAGACAUGUGUCGCAUCACUGUAUCGCAUCAUGAUGAGCCUAGUGUGGACGGUGCGCCGUAUCCGUGUCUCCUAUCGUAUCUACGUAUUAAGAUGAUACGCAAAUACGAUACAAAAUAAAGAUACGGAUACGAGCUGAAAACAGGACCUUGCUGUAUCAUCAUAAUCAGCGUAUUCGUAUCAUGAUAAAGGCGAUCGUGAUACACGGCGAUACGACACAUGUCUGGACUGGUCUGGACCCACCUUUAUAGACACGAUUCGUCCAAUGAAUCAAGCAAAGUCACCAGUCACGAAUUCUUACGAACUUUCGUUCAGCGUCGAAGAUGACUUUCACAAAUUUCAUACACAGACAUAUUCAGCAAGUCUGAAUAUCUAAUUCGUGUAGACUACAUGAUUCAAUAAAUGAAUUUUGCACCCA